UCUAGGCCCAGCCCAGCGAAGCUCAAAAGCCCGACACUCCCACUCACGCACACCUCUUCCCCCCCACCACUCACAAAAUGGUCCGCAAGGCCCCAAAACCCACGCCCUGGGGCAUGUACGCCAAAAUGACCAUCGGCGGCGCAAUCCUCUGCAUCGGCGGCCCCGCCCUCACCAUGUGGCUCACCCCCACCGAAGAAGAGCUCUUCUCCCGCUACAACCCCGAGCUGCAGCGCCGCUCGCUCGAGAACAGGCAGCAGAAGCAGGAGGAGUUUGAUAACUUCGUCACGCGCCUGAAGGAGUAUAGUAAGAGUGAUAAGCCGAUCUGGGAAGCUGCUGCGGAAAUGGAGGCCAAGAAGAAGAAGAUCGCCGAUGCCGUGCGCCUAGCUGAGCAGAAACAGGCGGAGCAGACGAAGACACCACUGCGCGGUGUCGUUGAUGCCAUCGAGGCUGCGCGCAAUGACGAGGGCGCUGAGGGGAAGGCGGAUGUUAAGAGGUAGAUACGCCAAAAUGUGAUUGGGAAGGCACGGAGACAAAGGUGUGGGAACAAUGGCAUGGCACCUGAAUAGGGUGUGUUUGAGAUGAUGAGAGGAGGCAUGUAUGUGUAUGAUACUGGCAGGAUGUGUAUUAUAUGGGUGUAUAUCGCCCGCGGUGGAAGAGUGUAUGUGUAUGGAUAGGAUGAGCUAUGUGAUACGGGCCGGCGCGCGGCGUCUGGGGAUAUUUCGGAUGGGCAUAUCAGCCAUGAAUAGUUUGAGAUGUUGGAUCUAUGACUGAAUAUAAUUCCGCUUUUGAUGAG